GUUCGUGAAUGAUUGUGAUAAAAGGGGUUAGAGGUUCAGAAGCAGGGGUGUCUCCAUCUGCUUCCUUCAAACACUGAUCUCUUCUGCAUUUGUAGUUCCCUGUGUCUCUUUCUCACAUAUCAUUUCUUUUUCUACUCUUUUCUUUGCACACAACCUUCUGGGAGAAAUGGAAAGAGAAGGAACAUCCACCGCAAAUGAAAUGAAAAGGAGGUUCAAGAAAAUAUGCGUUUUCUGUGGUAGUAAUGCUGGAUACAAGGCUUCUUUCGGUGAUGCAGCUCUCGAGCUUGGUAAACAGCUGGUAGAAAGAAAGAUUGAUUUGGUCUAUGGUGGAGGAAGUGUAGGUCUAAUGGGAUUGAUCUCUCAGACUGUCUUUAACGGUGGUUGUCAUGUACUUGGAGUGAUUCCUAGAGCUCUUUUGCCCCAAGAGGUGAAAGCUAUUCACUUAAAAAGGAAAAAAAAGACUUCAUUGCAGAUAUCCGGGGAAACUGUUGGAGAAUUGAAAACAGUUGCAGACAUGCAUCAAAGAAAGUCAGAAAUGGCAAAACAUGCUGAAGCUUUCAUUGCACUUCCUGGAGGUUAUGGUACCAUGGAAGAGCUGUUAGAGAUGAUAACCUGGUCUCAGUUAGGAAUCCAUGAGAAGCCCGUUGGAUUGUUGAACGUCGACGGGUAUUACAACUGCUUGCUUGAUUUAUUUGACAAGGGAGUUGAAGAAGGCUUCAUUGACAGUUCUGCGAGACAUAUUGUGGUUAUUGCAGAUACAGCCGAAGAACUUAUCAGGAAAAUGGAGGAGUACGCGCCAGUGCAUGACAAGGUUGCACCCAGACAAAGUUGGGAAGUGGACCAACUAUCAGAGUCUACUGGAAGCGGGGAACCCCUAAGCUCUUAGAUAUUAAUCAGCAAUCUCUAUAUGCAUAAUUAAGAUAUAUCUAUAUCUAUAUCUAUAUCUAUAUAUAUAUAUAUAUAUAGGUGUAGUUCCAUAUUGAUCAAAAGAAUAUGACAGCAAAGGCAGCCAAUCUCUCUCUUUCUCAUUCCUGGUGGGAAAAUCCUGAGAUCCUGAAUCAUAAUUACCCUUUAUAGACAUGAAUCAUUCUGAUAUAUAUAUAAUUAAUAUGUUGCAGCUCCUUUGAAUCCAUUGUGGGAAAUUCUAAAAAAAAACCCUUAAAAGCACUCAUCAUUUUUCUUUCCCUCUGUUAUGGCCAUUGACUUGUAUAAAAAAAAGCCUGCAAUUUGGCUUGAGGCAAGGUGGGGUGGGGCAAAGAGAAGAGAGAAGCAUAGAUGGUUGUAGUUUUCUGGGGAUUAUUUUUCCUUUCUUAGGCUCGGGAUGCCGUGAGUCAAGUCUUUGUCCACUUGCUUUUAUAUCUUGCUGUGUGGGGCAAGUUAUGAAUCAGAUUCUGACGUGCGGAUGGGAAGCCUUUGGAUUUUGGGUUGAUAGUUCGCUGUGGCUCUGUAGGCUUGGGUCCCAUUAAAUAAUUGGCAUCAAUCACAUUUGUUUUGGGUGUGUUUUUUUCCCCUUAGAGCCUUUUAAACCUCUAUGAUCUAACAAAUUGACAAUCGGAGUAGUGUUUUCCUUUUG